UAAAUAAAUCUCCACAUCAUAGUUUUAAUUUCCAUAUAAAUAUUUUUUUUUUUUUAUCAUUUCUUGAAGAAUCCAUAGUCACCAAAUUCAGUGUUGUUCUUCAAAUUUAGGUUUUGUAAAAUCUGAAAUCCAAACACCCAAAUGGCUUCUUUUGCUUCUUCUUCAACUUUUUCACCAAUUUGUACCUUUUUUUCUCAACCAAAAUUGAAUCUUUACUGUAACUCUUCUUCUUCUUCUUACAAACCCACUUUUAAUUCUUCCAAAUCUUCAUUUUUCCAAAAUGGGUUUUCUUUAUUAACAGCUAAAUCAUUUGGGUCUUCAUUGAAAUCUAAGAAUAUGGCCAAUACCAUCUAUGCUAGAGCUGCUACUGAGAAGACUAUUUAUGACUUCACUGUUAAGGAUAUUGAUGGCAAAGAUGUUCCACUUAGCACAUUUAAGGGAAAGGUUCUUCUAAUUGUCAACGUUGCUUCCAGAUGUGGCUUGACGACAUCAAAUUACACAGAGCUCUCUUCUGUGUAUGAGAAGUAUAAAAAUCAAGGACUUGAGAUUCUUGCUUUUCCAUGUAAUCAGUUUGGGGCUCAAGAGCCAGGAUCGAAUCCGGAGAUUAAACAGUUUGCUUGCACACGGUUUAAAGCUGAAUUCCCAAUUUUUGACAAGGUCGACGUGAAUGGCCCGAACACAGCACCAGUUUACCAGUUCCUAAAAUCAAGUGCAGGAGGAUUUUUAGGUGAUCUGGUUAAGUGGAACUUUGAAAAGUUUCUUGUGGACAAAAAUGGUAAAGUUGUUGAGAGGUAUCCACCAACGACGUCGCCUUUACAAAUCGAGAAAGAUAUUCAGAAACUUUUGGCUGCUUAAAUUUGUGCUUUUUAUGUACAUAUAUGAGAGGAAAAUGAGAUGAAGCCUCUUAUGUGUUUACAAUUAAAUGUUUUCACUCUCAACUUUUGCUUAUAAAAAAUGAUAUGAGAAAAGGCUAUUUGUGAAAUUCAGCUAAUUAUAUAUAAUAGCCUCUUUUUAAAUAGUUA